AUGCACUCCAUGAACGGAGCAUUCCACAUCCUGCUCGCGCGUAUCGAUGCUGUGUUCCGUGUGACGCACCCUGUUGUAUUCCCUGUGCGAUUUUCGCCUGCAGCCGGCAACGUAGCGCUGACUGCCGCCCUGCUUGGCGUCGCCUUUUUGCUGCAGAAUGGCUUUGAAUACAUUGCGGCGCAUAUAUUUGGUCUGGCCGAGUUCCUUGUCGAGGCGUCACUUGCCCCUGGAUGGAAGAGCCUCGUGGGUGUGCAAGUUUUUGGCCUCCUGCUCCUCGUCUGCGGCCAGUUCCUCCGGUCGCUCGCCAUGAUCCACGCGUCGACCAACUUUAGCCACGCAGUGGCCUAUGCGAAGCGCGACGACCACGACCUCGCGCGGCAUCCGUCCUAUGCUGGCUUCUUUUACUGGGCGGUCGGCACGCAGAUUUUGCUGUGCAACCCAUUGGCUACGGUUCUCUUUAUUAUGGCCCUCUCGCGCUUCUUUUCUGAGCGCAUUCGGAACGAGGAGCGGCUCCUCCACCGCUUUUUUGGCCAGGAGUACGCCCGCUACGCGGCGCGCGUGCCGCCCGGCGUGCCGCUGGUGCGUUAG